UCUUCGGCACAAGUCAUCGCUUGGAGUUGUACUCUUGCGACGGAAGCUGUUGUUAUUGUCGUGGGAAACUUGCUCAUAAUUAUACUUUUUGCACGGCUUAACAAGAAGCUACGAUCUAAGAAAAGUUUAUAUCUUGUUUUGAAUAUGGCAUUUGCUGAUCUGUUUCUGGGAGCUGUAUGUCUCCCUAUGUAUGUUUAUUUCCUGGCUCAUGGUCAGGUUAAAGUUGAUGAAAAAACUCCAACGUUUUUUACAAUAAUUUUCUUCGUCUUCGCACAGGCAUCAUUCAUUACCGCUGCUUUGAUAUCUUGUGAGAGAUUUUACGCCAUCUAUUGGCCACUGAAGCACCGGCAGACACUUUCUACGCGAACAUACAGGUUCGGUAUUUUCACAGUGUGGACAUUAAGUAUCCUUGGUUCUCUUUUUAUAGUUUUUCUCCUGCAAUUCGUAAACCUGGUGGCUCUGAAUUCUUUAGUGUGUUUAAUCUUCGUGUCUGUACUUCUAAUCAUCAGCGGCCUGAAUUUUGGUCUUUGGAGAAAGAUUCAGAAACAACCUGUUCCUCAUCACCAAAACAGAGCCUUACAAAGGCGACGCUUAACGAAGACCUUGUUAUUAGUAUCUCUCAUCGCCUUGGGUUCUUGGCUUCCACCUUUUAUUUAUUCCUUGAUAUCCCUUCUUGGAUAUAGAAUAUCUAACAACAUUUCCCUCAUAACGUACUUUACCUAUUUCUCCAACUCGUUUAUCAAUCCAAUAGUGUACGCACUAAGAAUUCCUGAUUUCAAAGACGCUCUCAGAUUAUGCUGUUUCACAAAACACGAAGUGAUGAAGAGCGAAGAAAAUGCAGCAGGGGAUGAGAUGGCUGCAGAUUUGACGCUAGUGAUACAGAGACAAACAUUGACAGUGGAUCACAAUAUUUUACAGCUCACUUUUGAACAAGAAAUUGUACAAGAUACAAAAUUGUGAUAUACAACGGAAGAGCAACAAAAAAUGGUAAAAAAGGAUCAUGGUUAGUCAGGACGUGGCCCGAAGAAAACAAUAUGGUGCCGAAUUCAUUUGAUAACUGAAUAAUACUUGAAGCGAACUUCAGCUGAGCUUUGUGAUCCAUUUUACCUUGAACACUUUAAUCAUUUUUUGGCUCCUUCCCUUUUCCCGUCUGUUAGCUAGGCGAUAGAUUAAAUCGAUGUACAUGUAUAAACAUGGUUUUAACCCUUACAAACAUACCAAAAAGCGUGUUUUAUUCGUUAAGAACAAAUGAAGGAAUAUUGUUGGUUGUGCAGACAAACAGUGAUGAUGACAAUGAUUGAAAAAAACUCGUGGCAAUGGAGAAAAUAUCCUAAUCCAUUGGACAUUCCGAAGGGGAGUAGCGGAGAAAGGGAUCGGACCAAUAAACCCUUUUUACAUCCACUGAUGUUGUUACCUCUGCGUACGUACCUGCGUCCCAUAAGACGCAAAGAUUCAACUCAACUCAACUCAACUUCAACUUUAUUCAUUCACUUUCAAUUUACAAUUAUACGAUAGCUUCCACCCGCGUAUAGGAGAGCCUAAUCGAGGCGGGGGAAGAGACACACAAAUUUAAAGAAAGAAAAGAAAAAAAGAACUAUUUUACAAACAGUACCAGCUGUCGCAAAAUAACAACUAUAGUAUGUAUUAAGCUAAUUUAAUUGCAUUAUGAUUUACACAGAGAAUAUAAAUUUAGUUGUGUUCCUGAGCUAGUUUAAUUUAAGUUGAUGCAUGAUUUCAGUGAUUUCAAGAUAGUCAUCAGAUUUAGAUAAAAUUUCAAAGAGCUUAUUCCUUAUCUUUUUCCGAAAGGUAGAUUUUGGUAAGUUUCUCAUAUCUGAGGGUAAAGAAUUCCAAAUUUUUGGUCCAACUCUUAGAAAAGAACUACGCAUUUUUUCAAGCCUUGAGUGUUCGGUAUAGAAAUCAUCAUUGAGAGAAGAUCGGGUAGGAUAUGAGUGCACCUCAGAAAUCCUAGUAAAGGCUCUCUUGAUAUUUUCAGGUGCAGAAUUGUUAGCAACGUCCCACAUGAUACUACAAAGACAAUCAAAGUAAAUAAAGGAUAGGGGAAAGACUUUUGAUUUUAAGAAAAAUGGUACAGCAUGUUGCUUAUAAUCCGUAAAGUAAAUCAGGCGUAGGGCUCGUUUUUGAAUUAAGAGUAUCUUAUUUAAAUAAGUUUUAGGUGCAGAGCCCCAAGCACAGAUGCCAUAAUAAAGAUAGGGGUUGAUAAGGGCUUGAUAGAUAUAUAUGAGGGGACGUAAUAGAAUACUAUGUCUAAGCUUUGCUAGAAUUUCCACGGUUCUGCUUAUCUUUAAACAGAUUAGAUUAAUAUGGUUUUUCCAGGAAAGUUCAUAAUCAAUCAGAACACCAAGGUAUUUGACAAAAUCUUUCUUUUCUAAGGUACUCAAUGCAUUUAUAGCUGGAUCAUAAGCUUUGAUAGAGGGAUUAUAUGUUAAACAUUUCUGCCGAGGACGGAAAAGCACGAAAUUAGAUUUUUUGAAAUUAAGGGUUAGCUUAUUGGCUAAAAGCCAGUCACUGACAUUACUUAGUUCAGAAUAAACUAUCUGUUUAAGAUUAUGGAGGUUCUUGUUUGCAUAAAUAAUACUUGUAUCAUCAGCAAAUAAAUAAAACGAAAGAUGCUUUGAAGAAUUUGCAAUGUCAUUCACAUACAAUAAGAAUAAAAGUGGGCCCAGCACAGAGCCCUGUAGAACACCAUACAAAGUUGUUUCACUGUUAGAAAUAUAAGAGCCAUUUGAAGUGGUUUGUUUCCUAUAGGUUAGGUAAGAUCGGAACCAAUCAUUAACAAUACCUCUGAUGCCAUAAAAAUCAAGUUUUUGAAGAAGAAUAUAGUGAUCAACAGUAUCAAAGGCUUUUUUCAGAUCUAUAAAGAGUCCACAGGUGAAUUUACCACUAUUCAUAUUACUCUGAAUUGUAUUAACAAUAUCCAGAAUUGCAUGUUGAGUAUUAUGACCACUCCUAAAGCCGUAUUGGGAGUUAAUCAAUAUAUUGUGCUUAAUGAUAAAUUUACUGAGUCUUUGAUACAUUAGUUUUUCAAAUAUUCUAUUGAAUAUAGACAAAAGAGAAAUAGGCCUUUAAUUGCUUGCGCGGGACUCAUCAUCAUCAUCUUUAUAAACUGGCACAAUCUUGGCAAGUUUUAGUUUGCUGGGAUGUUUACCUUGGAUGACAGAUAAAUUGUAAAUGUUAGCAAGUGGCUGGCUAAUAUAUGUGUUUGCAGCCUUUUAGGAUUUUAACAGGACAAGAGAACAUGCCAUAAGACUUGUAGAGGGGCAAGGCCUGAAUUUGGGCACUGGCAUCAUUGGGAAUAAUGGGUUCAAAGUUAAAAGAGUUUGGCAAACGGUUGUUAGUGAGAUAUUCAUCAAUCAAUCGAUCGAUUGACCUGAAGACGUCUUUGUAGAAAAUCCUGUUCGUGUGAUUUCUGUGGCUGUUAAUGUGGCUGUUGUUUAACGAUGCAUAUUUGUUUUAGUCCCCUUAUUUUUGUUGUUUAAAUAGAAGGACUAUAUUUUAAUUUCAGUAAACUGUGAUAAAGAGUUUUGGAGUGUGUCUUCAAAUUCAGUAACUGUCUGGUUAGACCAGACCAAACAUUUUCAAUUUAGAACUCGUUGUUUUUUGAGCUGGGACUCAUUAUGGGUAGGUUAUUUGAUUUUUACUUGAACAUACCACAAAAUCAAGGGCAAAUAGCUCUGACUUUUACAUCAAAUAGACGUUUUACACGAUACACGCCAUCCUUCUACGCGCUAACAGACUGACUUUGGGAUGAAAGCUUAGUACUGAUUUUCAAAGCACAGUUUUUGGAAACCAAUUAUGUGACCACCUGCAAGUUCCAUCCCUUCGGAGAAAGUUACUCGCCAUUUUAAGCGAACACUGCACGAGGAUAUCUUUUAUUAUUGCAUUGUUUUUUGACGUUGUUGUUGUCGUCGUCGUAGUAGUUGCUUAAGGUCCCUAAUUUUCAUUCAAAAGUUGGAUAGCGCUAUCCACCGGAAAAAUCGCUAUCCAGUGGAUAAGUAUUACAAAAACUAAUUGCGUUAUCCAGUGGAUAGUGAUUUAUCCAGUGGAUAGCGCUAUCCACGGGAAAUGUUGUUAGACAUCCUAUAUCCAAGAAAGGCUAUCAAGUUAUAAACCAAAGGUGCAAGCCAAGAACCCAAGGCGAUGAGAGACACUAAUAACAAAGUCUUUGUUAAGCGUCGUCUUUGCAAGACUCUCUUUUGGUGAUGAGGAACAGUUUGUUGCUGAAUCUUUCUCCAAACACCAAAAUUGAGGCCGCUGAUGAUUAGAAGUACAGACACGAAGAUUAAAGACAGGAAAGAAUUCAGAGCCACCAGGCUUGAGAAUUGCGGGAGAAAAACUGUGAAAAGAGAACCAAGGAUACUUAAUGUCCAGACCGUCAAAAUAACGAGCCUGUAUGCUCGCGUAGAAAGUGUCUGCCGGUGCUUCAGCGGCCAAUAGAUGGCGUAAAAUCUCUCACAAGAUAUCAAAGCAGCGGUAAUGAAUGACGCCUGAGCGAAAACGAGGAAAAUAAUUGUAAAAAGCGUUGGAGUUUGUUCAUCAAAUUUAACCUGACCAAGACCCAGGGAGUAAACAUAUGAGGGAGAGAUAUACCUCCCAGAAACAGAUCAGCAAAUGCCAUAUUCAAAACAAGAUAAUAUAUAGAUUUAGCCAGGACUAAAAGCGAGGCUCCCAUUAGUAAAUUUAUAAUUUAAAUUAAACAAUAAACUUGUAUUCGAAUUCCACAAUUCAGUUAACUUUAGAGCACAUUUAUGUGACUUUUGAGGGAAAGGCUACCUGAUUUUAGAGAAAAAUAAUUUGCAAACAGCCCGAGAGUGAACCAAAUCUUACAUCGAGUUGAUAGCCUCAUAUCAGGGGCACCCAACGAGGAUAUAGUUCAAAACCACUUAACAUAGAAUUGUUGAACGUAGUUUAGUAUUCAAACGGUAGAUAUAGGCAUAUUUUUAUCCCCUAAAAACUUUUCAUCUGUUCGGAUUUCCUAGCUGAAAGUCUAGUGAUCCGAAAAUUAUAGGGAUAAAAACUUACCUUCUCGAAAACUUCAGCCAGGAAAAGGCUCCCGAAAAUUCUAGGUGGCCUUUUUUAGGGUUAAAAUCCGUUAAAAAUGGGUAAUUAUACCAUUUUGUCGAUGUUCGAAAAUCCUAGGAGGGGCAGGCAAGCAAGAAAUUAUACAACAAAUGCUCCGAAAAUUCUAGAUCUCAAAUCGUCUUCCGAACAGAUAUUUUCCCGAAAAUUUCCGUUGGGUGCCCCUGUCAUAUGUACACUCAAAAACUGGUAAUCAUCUUUUAUCACAUUUAAGAGCCGUAAUGGCUAUUGAUCACCGUAGAUCAAUUAGGCUUAGAAAAAAAACCAGGCCAACGUUUUGGCGUUCGACAAGUUUACUUUGCAAAAUCUUGCCAACAAAUCUGGGUGCGUGUAAACCAACCUUUUAUACCAUGGACAGAAAGCAGUAUUUCACAAUACAAAUUGCUCUCAUUCAAUAUUCAUAAACUGAUAAAAAAAUUUUCCAAAAUCACCUAUACGGCCAUCCGGUUCUCACUUUUGUAGUGCGAGCUGUAGCGAGUGUUUGAAUGAACAUUAACAGAGUCACGCUCCAAGAUAAUAAAGAAUUUAUCAUGUUUAUUUUUUAUUUGAUGGUUUAACGCGCGGCAUUUUGAGAACUCCUGCAAGCGAUGUUCACUGAACGACUGAAAACAAUCGGCAUAGCGAUUAAAAUUGCAAGAGAGACUACUAACAAUCAAUAAAAGAAAUAUAAUUCGGAGAAACAUAAACAGAGACAACAAUUUUCAUUCAGGAAGACAAGUAUUAAAGUGUCCCUAAAUAUCCUGAAUCUUCAAGCUUCAAGUUUAAGUUUGCUGAAGUUUAUGUUUUAAGCCAGCUUCCCGGUGUUUGUUUUUUCAAAGACGAACUCGAGGCAAGAAAAUCGCUCAAAGCUUUCUUUUCCGGCUAGAAUUAUAACUAAAGAUUCUUUGGAACAUUUUCUUUCUAUUUGCGGUGAGAAACUGUCUAAAGGCUUUUUAAAGUUCUGUAAGAUUAUAUCAAACCAGAUACUCGGUGAGAUCGUUGUCUCAAAUCUUACAAACGCGCAUAAACUAAAUUCCCGCAUAAACUACGCUCCACUUCAUUAAAUUAGAUACAAAAAACAAACAUGAAAUACAAUAAUUUCUCUGGCUUACCAUUCGAGAUGCAGCUCCUGAAAGUUAUCAGGUAAAGCCAGUAUCGCUUCAGACUUUGCAAUCCUCUUACGCAUCAAGCAAGGUGAAAACGAAAACGAUGCCAUCCGAAAUCGGAUUUCCGACUUUGACAAGCGACGUUUUCUCAACCAAAACCCAAUAAACAAACUAGCCAUGAGUAACAGAAGACUCCUGAUAGCAGCUGAAUUUCAUUUUGUACAUCCAGUGGAAAAAGACAGUUAAAAAACAUCACAAGUUGACACAAAACUCUGUCAGCUUCAGCUGUUAAAGUAAACAAGAUUCAAGAUGCUGCAUAAAUUUUGCGCAUGAACUCACCUGUCAAAUUUUGACCAAUCAGAGCAUAAAAAUUGGACGUAGAGCGUGACCAACGCGUGACCAUUGUGAGAAAAAACAAAAGCAACUGUCUUCCCUGCCUGUAACAGCUGGCUGAAUUUUCACGUCCGAGGUCAGUUUGCAAUCAAAAUUUUAAUUGUGCAGCACAUAAACACAACAUAUUUCAUAUGAAUUAAGAAAAAAAAAUUGAACUUGAGCCUGCGAUCACUUGAAAACUAGUUAACUUGUCAGCGGAUAACUUCAAAAAAAAUACUUGACCUCGACGGGUCGACACCUGAGCCCGCGAUACGGUCAAGUGAUACUGGUCAGCGGGUACUCUGUUUUGACAGCUGUCAAUUGAUCAAAACAUUGAUGUCCAAUAUGUGUGCAUUAUCAGUUUUCCUGUGCUCCCAAACUAGUAAAAGUAUGAGAUUGAACGUUGUUCGCGAUCUAGUAAAACAGUUAACUGGUCAGCGGACAGCUUCCAAAUAAAUCACGUCACCUCGAUGAGUUGACACAUGAGCCCGCGAUAUGGUCAUGGGAUACUGGUCAGUGGCUAUCCUGUUUGGACAGCUGUCAAUUGACCAUAUUGUUAAUGUCCUAUAUUAAAGAUGUGGACUUGCCAAGACACGCCUGAGACACCCCUCCCUUCCUUUUGAUAGUCUCCCCUACCCCACCCAUACAAUCUGUAGACGCGUACGUACGUACGUAUGUACGUACGUACGUACGUACGCUCGGUCAAUCACGUGACAACCAAACGAAAAGAGGUUGACCAUAUUCCAUGGGUAUGGGGCUCUGUCCCACGCGCGCUUCGCGCGCGCGGGAGCCCCGCUAUAAACUUUUCUUAGAUCGUAGCUUCUUGUUAAGUGCAAAAAGUACAAUUGUGAGCAAGUUUCCCACGACAAUAACAACAGCUUCCGUCGCAAGAGCACAGCUCCAAGCGAUGACUUGUACCGAAGAAAAGGACAUAUCGUCCAGGUGAUUGAUGGUUGAUUUAUUUGUCUGAUUUGUCAUCUCUUGGUCAAUGCAAACUCUUUAUUUAGUGUUGCAUGAGAAACAGACUUGUAGCGACCUACAAGGUUCGUUGAUAAUGGUUAUUUUGCUACAAAUGACUUUUAAUAAAUGUAAAAGAAGACAAAGUGGAUGUAAUGAAUUUUGCAUAACUGGCCAGCUGAUAGAAGAACAAAGGCUGACAAUCAUAGAGGUCUAUAAAGUUUUGAAUUUUCGGCAAAAAUUGAUAGAUCACCUGUUUUCUCUAUGGAACGCUUACCAAAAAAAUUAUUCAAAAUUUGUGAAAAUUUGAAGGUAACUUGUAUACAACUCUGAACUAGUGAAAAUUGAUAUUACUGUACUUGAAAUAAAAGGAGAAUGAAAAUUGGUAGCAUAAUUAGCCUUGUUUCAUUGCUUGUCAUAAGUACAUAUAUGUGGCUUAUUAGAUUUGUUUUGUAAAAGCUUCCACCUAGGUUGUGCUGAUGAAUUUUAAUAAAUGCAAAGCAGCUGUCCAUGGCUGCUUCUUGAAUACUCUGUUAAUUUCCAGGCGCGGAUCCAUACCGCUAGAUGAGCAGCCAAGAAAAUGCAGGAAGGGUUGAGAUGGCUGCACAUUUAGCGCCAGUGAUACAGAGACGAACAUUGACAAUGGAUCACAACAAUUUAAAGCUCACUUUUGAACAGGAAAAUGUAGAAGAUACAAAAUUGUGAUAUACAACGGAAGAGCAACAAUAAAUUGUAAAAGAAAGAUCAUGGAUAGUCAGGGCGUGGCCCGCAGAAAACAAUAUGGUGCCGAAUUCAUUGUAUAACUGAAUACUGCUUAAAUGCAACUUCAGCUUUGCGAUCCAUUUUACCCUGAAGAAUUUAAUCAAUUUUUGGCUCCUUCCCUUUUCCCGUCUGUUAACUAGGCGACAUAUUAAAUCGAUGUACAUGUAUAAACAUGGUUUUAGCACUUACAAACAUACCAAAAAGCCUGUUUUAUUCGUUAGAGACAAAUGAAAGACUAUUUCUGGUUGUGCAGACAAAGUCAAAAGCUGAACUAGAAGUUUCCGGGGGGCAGGAGAGACGAAUCAAAUCUAUAUACCCUCCAGUGAUUUUGCUACCUCUUUACAAGUCCUGCGUCCCUCAGCAUAACACAACCCAACCCCUCACCAAAAAAAAAAUUAAUAAUAAUAAUAAUUGGAUGCUUCCCGUAGGACGGAAAGAUCGAUCCAUCGAUUUUAAGAUAUCUUUGUUAAAAAAUCCAGUUCGUGUGAUUUCUGUGGCUUUAGUAAGCUGAAAUAAAGAGUUUUGGAGUCUGUCUUCAAAUUCAGAAACUGCCUUGUUACAUAAGACCAAAGCAUUUACAAUUUAGAACUUGUUGUUUUUUGACCUGGGACUUAUUGGGCAGGUUAUUUAAACGGGGUUUAACAAUGGAGUCUUUAACAAAACCGCGUUCAGUUUACCCAACGUUUUUAUCUAAACGCUAUUUGUAGUGAACAGUUUUAUUUAAGCAUAUAGUGUAUGCUAGAAAGCAUUUAUCUUCUUAAAAUAACCCACUAAGGAAGAGAUCUGGUUGUCCAAAGAUUUCUUAAACGCGGUCUAAGUUAGACUUCAUUUAAAUAUCCGACCCACUGGUUCUACAUUGGGACUCAAGAUUAUUAACAGGAUGAGUCCUAGGAUUCAUCACUAUUUUUUCUAACAAAAUCACUGUGCAUCAUCGUUUAAUUCAUAUACUUCAACAUACAACAAAAUCAAGAGCAAAUCGCUCUGAUCUUUACAUCAAAUAGACGUUAAUAAACGAUACACGCUAUCUUUCUACGCGCUUACAGACUGACUUUGUGAUGAAAACUUAGUAUGGACUUUCGAAGCACACUUAUUGGAAACCAAUUAUGUGACCACCUGUUCCAUCCCUUCGGAAAAAGUUACCCGCCAUUGUAAGCGAACACUGCAUGAGAAUCAUCAUCAUGAUCUUUUAUUACAUGUAUAAAGUGCCUGAAUUCUAACAAUUCUUGCUUUAAAAACAAUACCAAUAUCUACAAUAUUCAUAAAAGCCGCGUUAAACGUGAAAGCUGCAGACCAUUUGAUGUCGUCUUGAUAACAAUUUUCUUUCAAAGCGAUUGUCAUUCAAGAAGAGGAUUUUAAUUCCAGCUGAACCUUUAAUUGCCGUGACAGCGUACAGUUUGAACACAAAAGAAGGGGAGGGCCAUUCGUAACAUGAAUACUCCCUAUGAUAAGAGAUUAAAAAAAACUAACACUUUUAAAAUGAAGAAUAACUUGCAAAGCAAACACUUUCUAGAUAAAUACGAAGAUUAUUUACCUAGUUUGUAGUAUAAGUAAAAUAAGAGGUCUUGUGUAAAAGCUUGGAUACGCAUGCUGUACCGAGGAGCUGUUAUUUAUACAAUAACUGCCAACACUGCUUUAUGGGAGAGCCAAAAACACUAAAAGUCACAGGCACAAAUGAACAGACACAUUACAGAAAAAUAAAGGCGGUCGAUAAAGCCCACCAUUAACUACUACUGCCAGAUACUGAUAAUAAAUCUUACGUAUAAUAUAUAGCAUGCUGAGUGUUGUCAAUCCCUUAUCCUGCUAAAGUGGACAAUAUACCCCUUAAAACGUCUACUUACGCAAAAUAUGUUAUAUCUCAAAUUGUCCUUACCAACAAGCAAACCGACUGUGCCGGAUUAGAAUAGAAUAGGACAUACCAAAGUAAGAACGAUUCAGCGGCAAAAUGGAUGGAAAUCAGGCGCGGAUCAAGAAUCAAUACUGACCGAUUUCCUACUUCUAGGGAGGUCUGGGGGCAUGGUUCCUCAGGCAAUUUUUUGAUUUUAACUCCCCAAAGUCCCCUUCCCUGGGUUUCUGAGUCAUUCAGAUAAGAUAUUUACUCACUGUCCAAAUCACUUUGCGGAUUUCAACUUGGAAAGAUUAAAGUUGUUUACUAAAAAUAUAUUUAUUAUGGAAAAUCUGACCGAUUUCUGUAAAACGGUAAAACGGUAAACCGGUAUGGAUCCGGAAACUAACAGAGUAGUCAAGAAACAGCCGUGGACAGCUGCUUUGCAUUUAUUAAAAUUCAUGAGCACAACCUAGCUGGAAGCUUUUACAAAACAGAUCUAAUGACAAGCAAUGAAAAAAGGCUAAUUAUUAGGCUUUUGUACAUUAUGCUAGCAUUUUUUCGAGCAUUUUAGUGAGACAAAAGCAUUGAGCAUUAUCCGAGCAUUUUAGUCGCGUUUUCGCCAGAAAAUUAAUUUUUCCGAGAAAAUAAAAUGGAAAUUAACUUUUUUCAGGAGCCCAUACCCCAUGAGCUCCUCCUUUUUUAAACAAAAUGAAGACUAAAAUUCAAAAUUCACAAAAAACCAAAUAAAGCUGGUUUUUUGGCUGUAUUUAUGAACUUGUAUACGUUGUCGUUGUUACUUGCAACAUUUGCACGUUUUUGUAAGUGUAAACUUUGAAAUUAAUUUUAAAAAAAACCGUUUGUAUAAUGAACAUUAUCCGAGCAUUUUAGUGACUCUUUUGGGGAGACCGAGCAUUUUAGUAGGAAAAAUGGAGCAUUAAGGUGGAGCAUUUUAGUAGGGAAGUAAAAGCAUAAUGUACAAAAGCCUACUAAUUAUGCUACCAAUUUUCAUUCUCCUUUUAUUUCAAAUACAGUAAUAUCACUUUUUGGAAUUCAAUAUUUUUUACUAUUUCAGAGUUGUAUACAAGUUACCUUCAAAUUUUCACAAAUUUUGAAUAACUUUUUUGGUGAGCGCUCCAUAGAGAAAACAGGUAAUCUAUCAAUUUUUUGCCGAAAAUUCAAAACUUUCUAGACCUCUAUGAUUGUCAAACUGUCGCCUUUGUUCUUCUAUCAGCUGGCCAGUUAUGCAAAUCAGAUCUACUUUGUCUUCUUUUACAUUUAUUAAAAGUCAUUUGUAGCAAAAUAACCAUUAUCAAAGAAACUUGUAGGUCGCUACAAGUCUGUUUCUCAUGCAACACUAAAUAAAGAGUUUGCAUUGACCAAGACAUGACAAAUCAGACAAAUAAAUCAACCAUGUCAAACUGUUGCGUUUGUUCAGUGUUCUGUCAGUUGGUCAGUUAUCUAAAUAAUCCAUUUUGUCGGUUUUUUUUUUUUUACAUUUAUUCAAAGUCAUUUGCAGAAAAAUAACCGGCAUCAUCACUGAACCUCGUAGGUCGCUAGAAGUCUGUUUCUCAUGCAACACUAAAGAAAGAGUUUGCAUUGACCAAGAGAUGACAAAUCAGACAAAUAAAUCAACCAUCAAUCACCUGGACGAUAUGUCCUUUUCUUCGGUACAAGUCAUCGCUUGGAGUUGUACUCUUGCGACGGAAGCUGUUGUUAUUGUCGUGGGAAACUUGCUCAUAAUUAUACUUUUUGCACUUAACAAGAAACUACGAUCUAAGAAAAGUUUAUAUCUUGUUUUGAAUAUGGCAUUUGCUGAUCUGUUUCUGGGAGCUGUAUGUCUCCCUAUGUAUAUCUAUUUCCUGGCUCACGGUCAGGUUAGAGUUGAUGAAAAAACUCCAACGUUUUUUACAAUAAUUUUCUUCGUCUUCGCUAAGGCAUCAUUCAUUACCGCUGCGUUGAUAUCUUGUGAGAGAUUUUACGCCAUCUAUUGGCCGCUGAAGCACCGGCAGACACUUUCUACGCGAGCAUACAGGUUCGUUAUUUUGACAGUGUGGACAUUAAGUAUCCUUGGGUCUCUUUUUAUUGUUUUUCUUCUGCAAUUCGUAAGCCUGGUGGCUCCGACUUCUUUAGUGUGUUUAAUCUUCGUGUCUGUACUUCUAAUCACCAGCGGCCUCAAUUUCGGUGUUUGGAGAAAGAUUCAGCAACAACCUGUUCCUCAUCACCAAAACAGAGCCUUUCAAAGACGACGCUUAACGAAGACCUUGUUAUUAGUGUCUCUCAUCGCCUUGGGUUCUUGGCUUCCACCUUUGGUUUAUUCCUUGAUAGCCUUUCUUGGAUAUAGGAUGUCUAACACCAUUUCCCUCAUAACGUACUUUACCUAUUUCUCAAACUCGUUUAUCAAUCCAAUAGUGUACGCACUAAGAAUUCCUGAUUUCAAAGAGGCUCUCCGUUUAUGCUGUUUUACAAGACACGAAGUGAUGAGCAGCCAAGAAAACGCAGCAAGGGAUGAGGUUGUUGCAGAUUUGGCGCCAGUGAUACAGAGACGAACAUUGACAAUGGAUCACAAUAUUUUACAGCUCACUUUUGAACAGGAAAUUGUACAAGAUACAAAAUUGUGA